CAGAAUCGGUCGUUUUGUAGUAUUAUCCACAUAUCGCUACUGAAUGGCAGAGUUUUACUGAAAACUAAACGAACGUUAUAGGUACAAGCCAUUACUUACAAACAGUAAGUGGGACGGAUACUCUGGAGGUAGCAGUUCUAGUUAGGCCUUUUAAGUUUACACGACAAACAUAUCUGGGGUCAAAAGACAGUAUACUACCAUGGUUUUACGCAAAAACAAAAGUUCAGAUGCCAGCAAGGAGCGACGACAAUCCAUGACUGGUGUUUCGGGUCUCAAUUUCAAAAAGUCUGCCUCUGUCGCCAACAAGAAUAUAGAUAAUGGCGAAGAAGUAUACCUAAAUCCUACCACUACGCAAUUAGUCGAGUCCAGAUACCCCGUAAUUCGGGCGUAUGUCGUAGACGAGAACGCCGUUGUAUACGAGUAUGCACAGGUGAAGGGUAAGAAUGCACAGGUUGUGAUAGUGUUCACAGAAUUGGGCCUCGCCAUAUACCCGGCAAAGUUAAAGAAGAAGUCUAAGGCGGAACUCGACAAAGUCGACCCUCAAAGCUUUUAUCCCUAUUCUGAAAUGCGUGGCAUCAAUCACUGCCGAGGAAAGAAAGGAAAUUAUUUGUCGGUGAAAUCAGCAGAUGGAGAAACCUGUGCGUUCUUUUCCAAGGAGACCGACGACAUCAAAACAAGUCUAGUCGCGUACAUUCGUUCCUGUUCCGACAUGUUAUUCGGAACGUACGACAAUAACUACACUCCUGGCAAGCAGGGUAUUCCUUUGGACGAUCCAUUGCACCCCAAUGCGGUCCCGCCGCCAAUCAACCCGAACAUGGCGCCUCAGUACUUUCCUCCAGGUGAUCCCGAGCGCCAAGGAUUCAAUGACGCGCAGCGCCGCAGCUUCAUUGCACAGAGUCGCCAGGGAUUCUCAGACGCUCAGCGCCGCAGUUUUAACAACAAGAAUGUCUCGCGCAUCACGCUGAAGAAGGAAACUAUUACAAACCCACCUUCUAUGCCUUCCAUGCGUCGUGCGAGUGCCAUCUUUGGCUCGAUGGACAUGCUUCCCAUGCCGAAUACCAACGCGCCUAUGCCAGCCGGCGGCCCGGUGUCCAUCAUAAAUCCGGACACCAUGUAUACGCGUAAAGCGAAGAAUUAUAAUAACCGGCGGAGUAUUGGCAGUAUGGAUGAAAUUUCUCAGGUCAAUCGGGGAAUGGCCCCCAUGUAUAAUGCUCGAAACAACGGUUUCUCGCACGGAAUAGGAGGAAGAAGUAUGGAUAAUUUCUCGCGAGCUAAUAACAUGGGUGGUCCCGUUCCCAUGGGUGGUGUAAUGCAGGGUAACCGUAUGGGAAGCGGUAAUACCACACCCGAGUAUAUGUCCCAGAACGCGUUUGAUUACAACCAGGGUGGCUACAACAACCAGUCGAACGCCCAGGGAUUCAACCGGAGCAAGCCCUUGGGCACCUUUGGGGGCCUGGCCCAGGGCGCUCCAAUGAAUAGACAGUCUGUGCGCAAGCCUAUAAGUAAUGGCAUGAGUCGGGCCACCAUGGUUAACCGGCAGCCAGAUCCUCAACAGCAGCAGCAACGACAGCUUCGAUGUCUGAGCAUGGAUGCAAUGCAGGCGAAUGUCACGAGCGAUCAGAGCGGUUUGGCCCCAGGUGUUCGAGUAGGUGGUGCGCCGGCUCGCCGCAUGCCGUCGAAUCAAUCACAACAAACGCGACAGAUCUCGCCUCGCGACACUUACCUGCAAGACUUUGGGCUAAGCUCGGGUGACCCACAGCAACCCAAGAUGCAGGUCCCGGCGCAGCAUCGUUCGAAAGCGCCGUCGCCUGCGCCCCGACCGGCGCCCAAUACGGCGUACAAGCGAACGAAUACCAAUCCCGGUACGGGAGAACCGGUGUAUGGCGAGCCGCAGAAUGUGCAGCACGCGAAUCGAGGCACGCCGCGCGGCGCGGAUCAUGAGGGGACCAUGAACUUUGACAAUAUGAAGGGCGCGUUAAAUGAAGACGGAAAUUCGCAUAACCCUUUCUAUGACGACCAGGGUAUUGCUGGACAUGACGACGCCUUCAAUAGCAAGUAUUCUGCGAUGAAAACCGCGAGUGGGCCGCAAACGGAUCCGUUCACUGCAUUUUAGUCAAGGACCUGUUACAUGUACAUAUUACAUAAAUAUAUGAACUGGG